AUGGCCGAAGGAGGCGAUCUUCAUCACGAAAGUCGAGCGAAGUGGCCGAUUAGUGCUGAUGACUAUGAACUCGAAGAAAUCAUUGGUCGUGGUGCUACGGCCCUUGUUCAAGCAGCAACGGUAAAGAAGACGAAAGAACGUGUAGCUGUUAAACGGAUCAACCUUGACCGCUGUAAUACAUCUCUCGAAGAACUUUUGAAAGAAAUACAAGUGAUGAGUCAAUGUCAGAAUGAAAAUGUCGUUCGAUUUUACACGUCGUUUGUCGUUGGAGAAGAACUAUGGUUGAUUAUGAAAUUAUUAGACGGAGGUUCAUUACUCGAUGUUAUACGGUAUACAAUGCAGCGAGGAAACUGCCGAAAUGGAGUCUUAGAUGAAGUUGCUAUUGCAACCGUUCUACGUGAGGUUAUCAAAGGAUUGGAUUACUUUCAUUCAAAUGGUCACAUUCAUAGAGAUAUUAAAGCAGGAAAUAUUCUAUUGGGUACCGAUGGUAGUGUUCAAAUAGCUGAUUUCGGUGUUAGUGCGUUUAUUGCCUCCGGUGGAGAUAUAACAAGAGAUAAACAACGACAUACGUUCGUUGGAACACCUUGUUGGAUGGCACCUGAAGUUAUGGAGCAACAACCGUCUGGUUAUGAUACAAAAGCAGAUAUAUGGUCGUUCGGUAUACUAGCUAUUGAAUUAGCAACUGGUACAGCACCCUAUCAUAAAUAUCCUCCAAUGAAAGUUUUAAUAAUGACUUUACAAAACGAACCGCCAACACUAGAAGUAUGUGCAGAAGAUCGUGAUCAGUAUAAGCAAUACAGCAAAACUUUCAGUAAAAUGAUCGAACAGUGUCUGCAGAAGAAUCCUGCUGAUCGUCCAACAGCGAAACAAUUACUAAAACAUGAUUUUUUCAAAAAAGCUAAAGAUCGUUCGUAUAUUGCUAAACAUUUAGCAUUGAAGUUUCAAGAUCGUAAGAAAAUGGAAGAGAAAGCUGUUACUCGACGUAAACCAACAUCGGUGCGCGCUGUUCGUAUACGUGAUAACGGAGAAUGGAAAUUUAGUAGUGAAUCGGACGAAGAAGGUACAAGUGGAAAUGAAGCACUGCCAGGUGAUGAUGCUGCUCAAAAACUAAAACAACUAGAAAAUCAAACAGUCAAGAACAUGAGUGAUUUAAUUGAAAAAAAUGAUUCCGCUGUUAAAUCGAAUCAGCCAUCGAAUGAACCUCCUACACAAACAGCAGUCGAUGAAGUUACAGCUGGUGUGAAACAUUUGUCGACUGAAAACAGCCAAGUACUCAAAUUUACUUUGAGAAUACGAAAUUCCCAAGGCGAUCUUCAUGAUAUUAAAUUUGAAUUCAAUAAAGCGACUGAAACAGUUCCAGAUGUUGUGUCCGAAAUGGUCUCAGCUCAUUUAAUCGAUGAACGCGAUGCUCAAUCGGUCACGUCUACAAUGACUCAACUUGUUGAAAAUCCAGCACUUGCAACUGCUACAUUUGCUCUCGCAUCCUUUGUGGAUCCAAAUCAACCUCCAGACGAUAAACUACUAAUUGGCUUUGCUCAACUUUCAUUGAACACUUGA